UGGCCUGGCGUUUCAGUUUUUUCUUCCACAACUACCAGUCAAUUUACCACCCAACGCUUUGGUGAUCUCGUAAAUACGGCAACAUCAAGGGCGUAACUUUUUUGACUUUGUGAAACAAAGAGUCAUCCUUCCCUCCGCCAGCAGUCCCCUUAACUCCCACUACAGUUUCUUGCUUCCGACUGACGGAGUUUCUUGAUUCCGACUGACGGAGAGAGAUGGCGACGGCCUCUCCGGUACGGACCAGCAGCAUGGCGAAAUCGGCGAGCUUUCCGGCUUCUGGGAUGCCCGAGAUCGCCCAGGUUCGGGAUUCUGGUGGCGUUCAGGCUGAUACGGACGCUUCUUCGGUGGCGUCUUCAGGUCCCGGAGAUAACGGAGACAGCAGGUCAUCCGAACAAGCCGUUCAGGUCCUCAAGGAGGUGGAAGUUGUUCCGUUGGCUGGCGUAACAGGUUGUUUUGAUGUGCUUUGGAUCAUGCUGAAUUGGGAGGGCUGGUCAGAGGCUGUCAUGAAGGCCGUUAGUCAUGGAGUAAAUUGUUUUGGCAUGUCUUUUUUAUCAUCGCGAAGUGAAGAGUAUCGGCAACUGUUCAGACUUCCUGCAGAGGAGGUCCUUGUUCAGGAUUUUAAUUGUGCUUUUCAAGAAAAUAUUCUUUUUCAGGGUCACAUGUAUUUAUUUGUGCGUUACAUUUGUUUUUACGCAAACAUAUUUGGCUUCGAGACAAAGAAAAUAAUACCUUUCAAUGAAGUUUCUUCUGUACAGAAGGCAAAGACAGCUGGACUUUUCCCAAAUGCCAUAGAAAUUGUUGCCAAUGAGAAAAAGUAUUUCUUUGCGUCAUUCUUGUCACGUGAUGAAGCAUAUCGUCUUAUUGUUGAUGGAUGGACACAUUGUUGUAAUAAUGCAAAAUAUGUGGUUGAUUGCCAGGAAACAAGAUCUGAAGUCAGCACUCCAGAAAAUAAAAUUGAUAUGUUUGAAAGACUUAAAAGUUUGACGCGUCCUAGUGGUUCGAGUAAUAAUUCUGUGGAUAGGAAUAAGGAAACAGCACUGGAAGAGCCUCAACAUGUUUUAAGCGAUAAAGAACCAAAUAAUCUGCCAACCACUGGGAAUGUCAUGGUAGUCCAGGAAAGUGAAUGCAUCAUGAAAGAUGGCCCUGAUCAAGCUGGGUCAUUACCAUCUGAGACAUUGGCAUGGAAACCAGAGGAUGUUGAUGCUCCAAGGAUACCUGAACACUAUAAGCUGGUUGCUGAAGCAAAGUUCCCAACCAAUCCCGAGGUACUUUUCAAGCUUUUCUUCUCAGAUGAUUCUGUCGACUUCUGUGGAACAUUUCAUAAGAAAUGUGGAGACAGAAGUCUAUGCCAGGCAGAGUCACAUGGCUUGAGUGGUGGGCAUGUGGCCAGUGCCCACAUAGGCAUAUACAUAUUAAAUGGAGGGAAAAGAUGGGGGUGGAGACUUGUUAUCAUCGAUUUAAGUGAUUUUCAAUGUGAUCCAUGGUAUAGGCAUCAACAAUUUGGACAUGUGCGUAAUGUCUCCUUCCAGCAUCCCAUCAAACUAUACCUAGGGGCGAAGUUUGCACAAUGCCAGGAAACCCAAAAGUUUCGUGUGUACAGAAACAGCCAUUUCGUUUUGGAGAUCUCGCAGCAGAUGAAUGACGCUCCGUACUCAGACUACUUCACUGUUGAGGGGAUUUGGGAUGUAGAAUGUGAUGAAAAUGAAGGAAAUAGUUGCAUUCUGCGAGUCUAUAUCAACGUUGAUUUUUCUAAGAAAACUAUUUGGAAAGGGAAAAUAGAGCAAGCAACUGCGGAAGAGUGCCGUGAAGCCUAUGCAAUUUGGAUCAAUUGUGUAAUCCUUACUGGGUUUUUGCCUUUCAUUUGUUGUAAUAUUUCAAUUUCUUUUGAGCUUCACUGGAAUUACUUGUUACAGGCACAUGAAAUAUUGAAGAAGGAUGAAAAUCUUAGGCUGCGAGAAGGCCCUCCAAUCAUAGUGAAUAGAAGUAUCCAGCAUGAGACAUUUCGUGCUAAAAGAAGCUUGGUGCCUGAAUUAGCCAAUGAUCUGAACAGGGAUGUCUCUCCCCGACACAAAAGGAGUCGGGAAGCAACUGAUACCACAUCUAUGAUUUCUCUACUCAAAGAAUCUAGCAACUCUUUCAUCUCUUAUUUGAAAGGUCAAAGCAACUUAUUCUGGUUUGCAGUUGUGGUCCUUGUUGCGACCUUCUUUAUUGUGCAACUGAGCAUCGUCUUUCUUCUGAUGAGGGCACCUAGAGUCCAUCAAUUGCCACAAGAGAGCCUUUAUUCGAGUAAUCUUGGAAGCAACAGCAGGGCAGAGGCGAUAUCUUGGUUGGAGAGGCGGCUGUACUAUCUCAAGGAAGAAAUGCUAAUGGUGGAAGCACGCAUGGAGAGUAUGCAGCAUGAGUACUCUUCUCUAAAGGCUCAUCUUCAAAGACUUGAACGCCUGCGGCCAAAAUCUUGAAUAUGUAUAUACUAAUAUUGGUGGGCUUUUGCCUGUAAAUUCUCCCGCUUUCCCUAGUUUUAGUUUAAAGGGAGGGCAUUUUAUUUGGAUUCUGAAACGUUGGUUUA